CCCUCUGGUCUCGGGCGGGACUGGGCGGUGGGGGGUUGGGGAGCCGUGCCCAGUCCCGGUACAAAUCUCAGGAUUCGCGAUUUGGGACGUGGAGGGGAGGGAGCCCUUAGGCCUGCAGAGGAGUGUGGGGCGCGGCUCUGAAUCACGCUGGGCUCCACGUAGGCCCCACCUCCGGUCUUCUGAGCUGGUCAGGACCGAGUUCAGGCCACUUAGUGGUCAGAAAACCGCCGUGGCCUCGCUCCCGUGUUCCUUAGCUCCGAAAAUGAGCGCUUUAGGAUUCCUUUCUCCCCUGCAGUUUAGUUUUGCCUUGGUAUUUGAGUGGGUUCGAGCACCAUAGGGAACUCCACAGGUGAUGUGUGACUCGAUCUCUCCACCCCACCUCCUGGUAGUGAUGUGUGAUAAUGAGAGUCUCCCGACGCCAAGUGUGAAUGGAGUCCCAGGGAGACCUAGCUGGCUUUCGUCCUGGGAAGGCUCGCUGGUGUGUAGCACGCUGGUGCUCUUGGAGGCGACCUGCCGCGGGCUCCGGGAGCUGAGGAGGAGAGGACUGGAGAGGAAGUGUCACAUUUGAAGACUGGCACUGAGGAUGAAGAAUCAGCUGAAAAAUAUGAAAAUGUUGGAAAUGCAGACUGUACGUGGCCAAAAGUAGAAGGCCUUCAUAAGGAUCAUAUGCAAGAAUAUAAGGUUGGUGCAACCUAUGACUGGGAUAGCAAAGUAGAGAUUCACCUGGAAAAGAUUGAGGGAAAACGAAUGAAAGAAGACCAGGGUGGCAUGAAGGAUAAGACUGACAAACCCAAGAACAUGGCAGAUAUUAAGACAGAACAGGAAGAUGAAGCAUCUGAGAAAAGGUUACAUGAAAGCACAAAACAUGUUCCACACCAGACCGCCCCUGUAGAACAGAAAAGCACUGAACAAGGCAGAUGUGUGGAGAACAUUAAUGGAACCUCUCACUCUAAUCUACAACUGAAAAACAAUACUGUUAAGAAAUCACAUAAGUGUGAUGAAUGUGGGAAAUCCUUCAAAUAUAAUUCCCGCCUUGUUCAACAUAGAAUUAUGCAUACUGGGGAAAAGCGUUAUGAGUGUGAUGACUGUGGAGGGACUUUCCGCAGCAGCUCCAGCCUUCGAGUCCACAAACGGAUCCAUACUGGGGAGAAGCCGUAUAAGUGUGAUGAAUGUGGGAAAGCAUACAUGUCCUACUCCAGCCUUAUAAACCACAAAAGCACCCAUUCUGGGGAGAAGAACUGUAAGUGUGAUGAGUGUGGAAAAUCCUUCAAUUACAGUUCUGUUUUGGACCAACAUAAAAGGAUCCACACUGGGGAGAAGCCCUAUGAAUGUGGUGAAUGUGGGAAGGCCUUCAGGAACAGUUCUGGUCUCCGAGUUCACAAAAGGAUCCACACGGGGGAAAAGCCCUAUGAGUGCGACAUCUGUGGGAAAACCUUCAGUAACAGCUCUGGCCUUAGAGUCCACAAAAGGAUCCAUACGGGUGAGAAACCCUAUGAAUGUGAUGAGUGUGGAAAGGCCUUCAUUACAUGCAGAACACUCUUAAACCAUAAAAGCAUCCACUUUGGAGAUAAACCCUAUAAAUGUGAUGAGUGUGAGAAAUCUUUUAAUUAUAGCUCUCUCCUCAUUCAGCAUAAAGUCAUCCACACUGGAGAGAAACCUUAUGAAUGUGAUGAAUGUGGGAAGGCCUUCAGGAAUAGCUCAGGCCUCAUAGUGCAUAAAAGGAUCCAUACAGGAGAGAAGCCUUACAAGUGUGAUGUCUGUGGCAAAGCAUUCAGCUAUAGCUCAGGCCUUGCAGUUCAUAAAAGCAUUCACCCUGGGAAGAAAGCCCAUGAAUGUAAAGAGUGUGGAAAAUCCUUUAGUUAUAACUCACUUCUUCUUCAACAUAAAACUAUUCACACUGGAGAAAGACCUUAUGUUUGUGAUGUUUGUGGCAAAACUUUCAGAAAUAAUUCAGGCCUCAAGGUCCACAGAAGGCUCCAUACUGGGGAAAAACCAUAUAAAUGUGAUGUAUGUGGGAAAGCCUAUAUCUCACGCUCUAGCCUUAAAAAUCACAAAGGAAUCCAUCUUGGGGAAAAGCCCUAUAAAUGUAGCUAUUGUGAGAAAUCCUUCAACUAUAGCUCUGCCCUUGAACAGCAUAAAAGGAUUCAUACAAGGGAGAAACCAUUUGGGUGUAACGAGUGUGGAAAAGCUUUCAGAAAUAAUUCAGGCCUUAAAGUACAUAAACGAAUCCACACUGGGGAAAGACCUUACAAAUGUGAAGAAUGUGGCAAAGCCUACAUCUCACUCUCAAGCCUUAUAAAUCAUAAAAGUAUACACCCUGGAGAGAAGCCCUUUAAGUGUGAUGAGUGUGAGAAAGCCUUCAUCACAUACCGGACACUUAUAAAUCACAAAAAAAUUCAUCUUGGGGAGAAGCCCUAUAAGUGUGAUGUGUGUGAGAAAUCUUUUAAUUACACCUCGCUCCUUUCUCAACACAAAAGAGUCCACACUAGAGAGAAACCCUAUGAAUGUGAUAGAUGUGAGAAGGUUUUCAGAAACAACUCAAGCCUUAAAGUUCAUAAAAGAAUACAUACUGGGGAGAAGCCCUAUGAAUGUGAUGUGUGUGGAAAAGCCUACAUCUCACACUCGAGCCUUAUUAACCAUAAAAGUACCCAUCCUGGCAAAACACCCUAUACAUGUGAUGAAUGUGGGAAAGCUUUUUUUUCAAGCAGAACUCUUAUGAGCCAUAAAAGAAUCCAUCUUGGGGAGAAACCAUUCAAGUGUGUUGAGUGUGGGAAAUCUUUUAGUUACAGCUCACUUCUUUCUCAGCACAAGAGAAUCCACACAGGUGAGAAACCUUAUGUAUGUGAUAGGUGUGGGAAGGCAUUCAGGAACAGCUCAGGCCUUACCGUACAUAAAAGGAUCCACACAGGUGAGAAGCCCUAUGAAUGUGAUGAAUGUGGAAAGGCAUACAUCUCACACUCAAGUCUUAUAAAUCAUAAAAGCAUACACCGUGGAAAGCAGCCCUAUAAUUGUGAGUGUGGGAAAUCCUUCAACUAUAGAUCAGUCCUUGACCAACACAAAAGGAUUCACACUGGAAAGAAGCCAUACCGAUGCAAUGAGUGUGGGAAGGCAUUUAAUAUCAGAUCAAAUCUCACCAAACAUAAAAGAAUUCAUGGAGAGGAGUCCUUGAAUGUGAUAAAUAUGGGAUAUCAUGGUGGCACAUUCCAGAAGAGAACUUAUGAGGGAGGGAAUGUUCUGGAUGGGACUAGGAUGAGGAAGCCUAUGUAGAAUACUAACAAGUUUCAAAGAACUCCAGGUGGGGAGAGGGGACCCUUAUGAAUGUAAGAAUGUCUGUGGUCUAUAUUCAUGGUUUCUAAUUUUUGAAGUUAAAACCAUUCCAGAUGAUUUUGACUAAUGUUUUCUAUCUGGUUUUCAAUCAAAGCCAGCAAGAAAGGCUCCACUGUCAAGAUAGUUGAGCUCUUUUGGAAUAUAACAUAAUUCAUACUGGAGAUAAAACCUCUUAAAGUGAUGGAACACAAAAUAAUUCAAAAUAAGCAGAUAUAGCUGGACAUAGAAACACACAAAUGAGGUAAGGACAUCAAUUAAACAUAUAGACGCCCUAAGUUCAUAUUUUAGUGAAAAAACUUAAUAGAAAUAUAAGAAAUUUAGGUAUUGCUUUGAAUCUCAAUUGUAAAUUGGUCAGUGGGAGAAAAAUACAAGAAAAGCCUCUAAUAGCAAAUUCAGGAGAGAGAGACUUCAUGGAAUAUAAAUGUAUUUAUCAACUGCGAUUAUGAAGUAUAAACUUGAUAUAAUUGAAUGGUUCGGUGGGGGCAGAUGGCAACUUUUGAAACAAAAUUUGUAUUUCUUUGUAGUGAAUGUACAAAGUAUAAACUUAGCUAACAGGAGAUAGGAGAGAGGUCACUCACAAAACUGUACAUUGAUUGGAAUAUAAUAUUGUAAUACACGAGUGGGUAAAAUAUUUUAAAGUUUUGAAAUGAACUUUCUCAAAUGACAAAUGUGUGUCUAAGUGAAAACCUAGAAGGUAGUAUUCACAUAUUAUACUACAAUAAUAAGGUUCCUCCAUGGAGAGGAUUUUGGCACACUGAAUAAUGUUAACACAUUUUUAGCAUUAAUUUGCACCUUACAUGACAGUAAGAAUUGAUUCAGGGAUUCCAGUGAAUUAAGUAUGUUGGGAAGGAGGGAAUUUUAUUGCAGGAGCUAAAAGGCUAGUUAAUGGUAAUCAAGAGAGAAGUGGAAAUUCAUGUUUCUUAAUCUUUUUAAAUUUUUUAUUGUUUUGGAAUGUGUUAUUGUAAAGAUUCCAUGCAGUACAUGUGUAUAUUGUCUGCUGUAAAAAGUUAUGUUUAUUUGUUCAGGCUUCACUCUUUGCCAUGAAGGCUAGAUAGUUGUGCCAAGGUAAGGUCAAACUACAAUAAAAAAAAAAAAUUCUUCAAAUAUAAAGAUGUGGUGACUUAAUUUAGAUGGAACAAUAUUACACCCAUUUAUAAAUCAGAUUUUUGUGGAGUACAUUACACCAGAUCCAAAACCAGGAGGGUAGCACAGGGCUCAUUCUAAGGGGCUAGUAGCUUAGGUUUUAUCAGAAAUGUGGAACCUGAACUGGAAGCACAGAAUGGGUUUUCAGGGGGCUGCAGGUAAGCAAUAUGAUUCUCAUACUGGAGCUGGACCAUAACUUGUUGGUGUUAUUCACACACAAACAAUUAUGUCGAACAGAAUUUGACAUGAAAAAAAAAUUGGGGAGAUAGGUCCCCCUUGACACACCCAGGGUCAUUCCUUAAAUGCCCAUAGUAACUAGGAUUGGGCUGGGCUGAAGACAGCAAUUUGAUUUAGGUUUUCUUUUAAAGAUUUUAUUUAUUUGGGGCUGGUACUGUAGUAUAGUGGGUUCAGCCUCUGCCUACAGCACUGCUAUCCCAUACGGGCACCUAUUCGUGUUCUGGCUGCUUCUCUUUUGUUCUAGCUCUCUGCUAUAGCCUAAGAUAGCAGCAGCAGAUGGUCCAAGUGCUUGAGUUCCUGCACCUGCGUGGCAGACCCAGAACAAGCUCCUGGCGCCUGGCUUCCAGUCAGCAAAGCUUUGGAUAUUGCAGCCAAUUGGAGAGUGAACCAGUGGAUGGAAGACCUUUCUCCUGGUCUCUCCCUCUUAUAACUCUACCUCUGAAAUAAAUAAAUAAAAUCUUUUUAAAAUUUAUUCAUGUAUUUGAGAGGUAGACUUACAGAGGGACAGAGAAAAGGUCUUCCACCUGAUGGUUCACUCCCCAAAUGGCUGCAACAGCUAGAAUUGAGCUGAUCCAAAGCCAGGAGCUUCUUUGGGGUCUCCCAUGCGAGUGUAGGGGCCCAAGGACUUAGGCUAUCUUCCACUGCUU